UGACAUUUACAUGACUUUUGCUUGAUCGUCGCCAUCGUCAGGGCCAGGGCCAGGGCUCUUUUAUUUAAGUAUAUUUUCAGCACUCCUGCAAACAUCUUUCCACUUUAAAAAGUACAAAAUGGGCUACAAAUUUCUUAAACUAGCAUCCACUUCAAUAAGGCCGAGAUUUGGAGUGAGAUCGUACGCAACAAGCCAUGAUGCAGAUCUCGUGGUUAUCGGUGCCGGCCCUGGCGGAUACGUCGCUGCUAUUAAGGCUGCUCAGCUUGGAAUGAAGGUAGUGUCUGUUGAGAAAGACCCUACUCUCGGUGGUACCUGCCUAAAUGUGGGAUGUAUCCCCUCAAAGGCCCUGCUGCACAACACUCACUUAUACCACCAGGCUCUGCACGACUUCAAGCGCAGAGGCAUUGAGGUUCCAUCAGUGACAAUGAACUUCAAAACUCUUAUGGAGUACAAAGAGGCAUCUGUAAAAGCGCUUACUGGAGGAAUUGCUAUGCUUUUCCAGAAGAAUAAGGUCAAGCUGGUAAAAGGCGUAGGCACCAUUGUGGCCCCCAACAAGGUAGAGGUGAAAGGUGCCAGUGGAGUGGAGACUGUCAACGCUAAGAACAUUCUGAUUGCCACCGGCUCUGAAGUCACACCCUUCCCUGGUGUUCCAGUUGACCAGAAAAAUAUCGUAGAUUCAACUGGCGCCCUUUCCCUGCCGCAAAUCCCCAAGAAAAUGCUUGUCAUCGGAGCUGGCGUCAUCGGCCUGGAGCUUGGUUCCGUCUACCAGAGGCUUGGAGCUGAAGUCACGGCUAUUGAGUUCCUUGGCACCAUUGGUGGUGUCGGUAUCGACCUGGAAGUCGCGAAUACGCUCCAAAAGAUCCUGUCCAAGCAGGGCAUGAAGUUCAAGCUCAGCACCAAAGUCUCCGGCAUCAAGAAGGAGGGUUCAAAUGUGAAGGUUGAAGUGGAACCGGCCAAGGGCGGCGCCAAGGAGACGUUGGAUUGCGACGUCGUGCUGAUCUCGAUCGGCCGCCGGCCAUACACCCGCGACCUGGGGCUCGACAAGGUCGGCAUCGCGCUUGACGACCGCGGCCGCGUUCCCGUCAGAAAGUUCCAGACCAAAGUACCCGGAAUCUACGCGAUCGGCGAUUGCAUCCACGGUCCCAUGUUGGCGCACAAGGCUGAAGAUGAGGGCAUCGUCUGCGUCGAAGGCAUCAAGGGCAUGCCGGUACACUUCAACUACGACGCGAUCCCGUCGGUCAUCUACACCACGCCCGAGGUCGGCUGGGUCGGCAAAUCGGAGGAGGACCUUAAGAAGGAGGGCAAGGCGUACAAAGUAGGCAAAUUCCCGUUCCUGGCGAACUCGAGAGCGAAGACCAACGGCGAGCCCGACGGCUUCGUGAAGGUGCUCUCCGACAAGGCCACCGAUGUCAUCUACGGCACGCACAUCAUCGGCCCCGGUGGCGGUGAGCUGAUCAACGAGGCGGUGCUUGCACAGGAGUACGGCGCGGCCGCCGAGGACGUCGCACGCGUCUGCCACGCGCAUCCCACCUGCGCGGAAGCGCUGCGUGAAGCGAAUCUUGCGGCGUACUGCGGCAAGCCCAUCAACUUCUAAACAUAAAUAUAGUAAAUUCGGAGACCAGUGGCUGUGGGGUCCACCCCCAAUUACUACCACGUGACGACUCGAAAGUGAUCAGUUUUUUAUGUGGUGAAACCAUAUCGCGACGCUACGGCCAGGGUCCCUAUGGAUUUACGUAAAAUUUAAAAAGACAAACUAGUAAGGGUCGGUUGCACCAAACCGUCUGUUACCGAAAAAGCAAUCGCAAAAAUUUUUGUAUGGGAAUUUCCAUAGAAAAUUACCUGCGUGUCUGUUAACUGUGGUUGAUGCAACUGGCGCUAAAUGUUCGGUUUUUCUUCUAACCAUCGUUGACACAUUUAACUUAAUGUAUGAAAUGUUGAUACGAAGCGUCGUUGUGAAGGAAUCCACAAAUACAUUGUCAAUGAAAGUUUACAUGUUUUUAACACUUUCGCGACUAA